UGUCAUGCAGUUCCUCUCUGUGACCAGCAGGAGUCGGGCUCGAGGUUAGACACCGACACCACCACCGAAGAAGUCCCGUGCCCUUCACAACAACAGCUAGCAUGGCUACAGCUACUAAAUUCAUUCGAAAGCUUCGAAAUGCAUUAGCCGGGCGUGAUCUGCAAGCUAAACUGCAGCUGCGUUACGGAGAGAUAUCCAAGAGGACGCAGCCACCACCUAACCUGCCAGUAGGCCCGUGCCACAAGUUAGCCAACAACUACUACUUUAGUCGUGAUGGUCGCAGACAGUUGGUACCCCCCACAAUUGUGAUGUCUUUCCAGAAGGCUCUUACUCCUGGCAGCCAAGUUGCUGAGACUCCAAAGGUUCCUGUGACACCUGGAGCUGUGUAUAAAGAGCCACCACUGUCCACAGACCAGCCAUACCUCUGAGCAGCAAGCAGGAGCUUCAACAUUUCUGUUGGUUGUUUCUUGUACAAUAGAAAGUGUGAAUAAAAUAUGUUAUCUGCUUCAGA